UGCCCACACGUCACAGUCUUUGUGCUGCACAGCUGGAUCGGCUAGCUGGAUCGGCUAGCCGUGUCUCCUCCUGAAGCUCGCUCCUGCUCCUCGGCCGCCGGACUUCCACAAGCUGGCGGUGAGGUGGCGAUGAGGCUGUGAAGAUGGAGGCUCCUGAGUACCUGGACCUGGAUGAGAUCGACUUCUCCGAUGAUUCAGUGUAUUCUGUGACGUCUCUGAAGAGCAUCCCAGAGUUGUCCAGGAGGAGCGACGGUCCGGCCGAGGACCGACCAGCUCCGGCCAUCAACUGGAGUCGCAGUGCUUCCUCCCACGGUGGCGGUGGCGGUGGCGGUGGCGGUGGCGGUGGCGGCGGCGGCGGCGGCGGGGGGAUCAAACCCACGGGCCUCCCCGAAGCCCACAGUAAGUUCCGGCCGGUGAAGAGGGUCUCCCCCCUCAAACACCAGCCGGAGACCACCGACUCGGACUCUGACGGUAAAGUCCCGGAGCCGGCGGAGGCCGGUAAGGAUGAGCCCGGCUCCGACAAACCGGCGCUCGCCUCCGGCUCCUCCGACGGGCCGGGGGUGGAGGCCAAGGGGGAGGGCGGCGCCGGGGGGGACGACCCCCGGGCUCUGUUCGGCGAGCUGGAGCACUACGACCUGGACAUGGACGAGAUCCUGGACGUGCCUUACAUCAAGUCCAGCCAGCAGAUGUCCACGCUGCCCCGCGUCCCCCACGACAAGCGCUCGGCGACGGGGAGCAACCUGGGCGGAGGCACCCUGGAGAGGAGCCGAGGAGGAGGAGGAGGAGGAGGAGGAGGAGCAGCAGGAGGAGGAGCAGGAGGAGGGCUGAAGAGCUCCACGUUGCCCCACAGCGAGCCUCUGAACCUGGGCAGCAGCAGCUCACAGACUCAGUACUGUGUUCUGUCUCCGGUGAAGUGGUCCGACCUGAGGAAGUCCAAGUCCAUGGAUCCAGACCUCCACCACCUCCAGCGCUCCUCGGCCGCGGGGGGGUUCCAGUCGGAGCCGCUCCCCUCGGGCCUCCUGGGCUGCUCCUUCCCCGAUGCAGACAAGCUGCUGUCGGCCCGGGUCUACCCAGAGGCCCAGAACCAGAGGCCGGGCCCGGAGCCUCCGGGAGGCCCGGGGAUGAUGUUCCCCAUGCCGGGGGGCAGCCUGGGCCGGCAGGACGCCUCCAAGCCCUGGGCUUCUGGACCGGGAGGAGGAGGGCCGAGGGGGUUCGGGGGAGCAGGAGGGGAGGUGGACGAGGAGACCAAGAAGAACCAGAACAUCAUCAACAUCGUCAGAGAGGGGCAGAUCUCUUUGCUGCCUCACCUGGCGGCCGACAACCUGGAGCUGAUCCGAGACCAGGACGGGAACAACCUGCUGCACGUCUCGGCCUGCCAGGGUCACGCCGACUGUCUGCAGCACCUCACCUCUCUGAUGGGGGAGGACGGCCUCAACGAGCGCAACGACCAGCAGCUCACGCCCGCCGGCCUGGGGGUCAAGAACGGUCAUCUGGAGUGUGUGAGGUGGAUGGUGAGUGAGACGGAGGCCAUCGCAGAGCUGAGCUGCUCCAGAGAACAUCCCAGUCUGAUCCACUACGCUGCCCGCUAUGGACAGGAGAAGGUGCUGCUGUGGCUGCUGCAGUUCAUGCAGGAACAGGCCAUCUCUCUGGACGAGGUGGACCAGAACGGGAACACCGCGGUGCACGUGGCGGCUCAGUGCGGACACCUCACCUGCAUACAGACGCUGGUGGAGUACGGCUCCAACGUGACGGUGCAGAACCAGCAGGGGGAGCGGCCUUCCCAGAGUGCCGAGCGGCAGGGCCACACCACGUGCGCUCGCUACCUGGUCGUCGUGGAGACCUGCAUGUCGCUGGCGUCGCAGGUCGUCAAACUCACCAAACAGCUCAACGAACAGGCAGCAGAGCGGACGACUCUCCAGAAACAGCUGCAGAGACUGAUGGACCCCAACAAGGCUGAGGGGACACCUUCCAGAUCCCCCAGCUCCCAGCAGCCCUCUGGGGAGGCGUGGCCAGAGAUGAUGUUGACGGCGGAGGGGACUCCAGGCGACGGCUGGUCGGUCCACCAGGGCGGGGUGGGCCCGGACCCGGUCCGGCUGCAGCUGCUGGGGAAGGACGUGUCGGACACGCCGUGUCCCAGGGACAGGCUGCCCCCGGCGGGCGGCCCGGGGGCCUCAGCGGCGUCCGGGGCCCGCCGGACGGGGCUGGUGGAGCGGCGGGAGCUCAAGCUGGCGAGACUCAAACAGAUCAUGCAGCGCUCGCUCAGCGAAUCGGAUUCGGACGGUUAUCCGCCGGAGGAAGGCAAAGCUCCGGGGGCCUCGGCCUCCAACACGCUGCGCCCCGAUAGGCCGUCCCACCUGCCAAUCGCGGAGGAGGAGUCGAACCACCCGACGGCGAGGAAGAACCUCCCCUGCUCCUCCUCUUCCACGGCCGAGAAGAAGCUCAUUUCUCUCAGCGGGUCCAAGUCGGCGGACGGCGUCGGUUACAGCCCCUCCCCCACCUCCAGCGACCCGGAGGCGCCGGACGCCGCCGACCUCCACGACGGCCAGAAAGCCGCCACCAGCCCCAAGAGCGCCCUGAAGUCGCCGUCGUCUCGCAGGAAGACGUCCCAGAACCUCAAGCUGAGGGUCACCUUCGACGAGCAGGUGCACAAGAGCGCCAACCCGGAGGCGGAGCUUAGCAAAGGGCAUCAUGGGAAGGAGAGGACGCCGACGGGCGCCACGGAGAGCAGGCGACCGUUCGGGGCGUUUCGCUCCAUCAUGGAGACGCUGAGCGGGAACACGAACCACAACAACAACAGUCAGACGGGCUCCACCUGUCAGAACUCACCUGGCAGGAAGUCAGAGAGGGGAGGGGGCGGGGCCAAGGUGAAGAGCAAAACCAGUAACGUUUAACCAAACCAGUGUCGAAUUAAUGUUUAGCAGAGAAAACGUGUAUUUAAACCAAUAUGAACAAUACGGGCUAAAACGUGUUCAGGUGCUUUUACAGGUGAGUCACUGAUCAAUCAACCAAUUAAUCAAUUAAUCAAGUUUCAUUCUUAUUGAACCUUUCAAACAAAAGAUUGACGAAAUUAAGUUAUUUAUAAUAAAUAAAUGAAGUAGGAAGAAAAAAGUAAAAUUAGCAAAAUUAAAAAUGUACAAACACCAAACCUUUUAAAAUCAGACUCAAUCAUAAGUAAUAAUAUUAAAAAACAUAAACUGCCACGUAGAAGCCCAAAAGAGUAAAAUGAGUUAAGUUUUUGUUUAAAUAUUUCGCCGUCUCCAUGACGACUCCGUUCGGCGUCUCCAUGACGACUCCGUACGCCGUCUCCAUGACGACUCCGUACGCCGUCUCCAUGACGACUCCGUAUGCCGUCUCCAUGACGACUCCGUACGCCGUCUCCAUGACGACUCCGUUCGGCGUCUCCAUGACGACUCCGUACGCCGUCUCCAUGACGACUCCGUACGCCGUCUCCAUGACGACUCCGUUCGGCGUCUCCAUGACGACUCCAAACUAUUCGAUAGAAAACUCACAUUUCUUUUUAGCGACGUUUAAAAAAUGUGCCUCAAAUUAUCUCGAUUUAUUAAAGUGCGUCAGCGCCAAAAAUAAUAAAUGCAAACCAGAUUAUUAUAAUUAACACUUUUAUACCGUAAAACUUCUCGUGUUUUGACUUUUGAUGUUUUAUCAACGUUUGAAAGACGAAAACAGGAACUCUCGUUUCCUCGUUGACUUUUAUUGUGUUUAAACUGUUUUUAUUGAUUAAUAACUUUCACAUGUUCAUAUUUUGUCACCUUAAGGGUGAUUCAGUGUUUUUUUUAUCUGUCAAAACAAAUCAAAAGUAUUAAUAUUUAUGUUUUUAAAAAGAAAGUGGUUGAAACCGUGCACGUGGUUAACGUGCACCAGCACUCGUUCUCAAACUGUGUAUAACGUAUUUGUUUUUGCAUCAUAUCCCACGCGUGGGUUCCACGGUAUUAUCUAUGCAGUGUUGUUGGCAUGAAGAAGAGACGUUUGAGGACCGUGGUUUUAAAGACGUCUACAGACGGAGGGGAACGCCUCCAUGCAGUAUUAAUACUUCACAAUAAAACACUCUCACAUUAAAAAACA